GCCACCAGCUGUUCUCCUUGCUCCCGUUCAACCAAUUUGUUCCCCAAUCGGGGGAAAACAAAACGCAGUAACUACCCAACAUUCAGCACGUGCAGCGCCAAAUUUAGGACGCACUGCAUCGGGCGCGAAGAGAAGAAGAGGAACACAACACUGCUGUGCAACAGACUGAUAGCGACGUAAAAUGAACGCAUUGCGCAACAUCUUCACAUCGCGAACGCUCAACUACUUGCGCCAAAAUGGACAGAACGCGAUCCUCAACGCCACCCAGCAACAGCAGGCGGUGGACGCCGUGCCGCUGUCCACUGAUCCCGACCAGCAGCUGAAGUCGUCGCGUCCCGCCCCGCUCUCUAUACCGCGCUCCAUACUCGAUGCGUGCCAGUUCUCGGCCAAGCCAUUUGACCUUAAAUGCACUACCUCUGGAACCCAAAAGAGCGGCUCCGUGUCGCCGACGACGCUAAAGCGUUUCGGUCCCAUGCAGCGCCGCAUGGAGCUGGUGUACCGCUGCAAGCUGUGCAACACCCGCAACACGAAGACCAUCAGCGAGGAGGCCUACUACAGCGGCGUUGUGAUCCUGCAGUGUGACGGCUGUGCCGUGGACCAUUUGAUCAAGGACAAUCUUGGACUCUUCACGGGAAGCGACGGCGAUAGCAGCAUCAGUUCGGGGAUCAGUACCAGCAAGAAUAUCGAUCAGGUGCUAGCCGAUCGUCAUGCCCGCGUCCGCGUCAUCAAGGUGAACGAGCACGGCGAGCUGAUUUAGGAACUCUAGUCAAGGGGCAUCAGUACAGGAGAACCUGGUGCCGUCAACCUGCGAAUCGUGUUCGAGGAGGACACACUCGGCACGGGGGGCACAUUGCACCCAACUACCCGAAUACAAACCGGAAUCCCUCAUUCUGUCCGAGCUCAGCCGGCUGUAUAUAAUAAUUGUACUGUAAUUGUUGAUUGUUUCGGGCCGUGAGUAAUGCCUAAAAAGUGAUUAAAAGAACGCCCAGUUCGAAAGCUAAAAGCCAUA